GUGAAUGAUCAACAGCAUCACUACAAGAGGUCAAGAUGCUGAUCAACGUGUUGACUCUGACAGCUGUUGCUGUGGGAGUGGGAACUCCCAUAUGCACUGCCACUCACGAAGUGAUGGAGGCAGCCAUGACCAUCCAUCUGAUGGAGGCAGCCAGGGCAGGCGACCAGAUGGAGGCAGCCAGGACAGGCGACCAGAUGGAAGGCAGCCAUGACAGGCGACCAGAUGGAGGCAGCCAGGCAGGCGACCAGAUGGAGGCAGCCAGGACAGGCGACCAGAUGGAGGCAGCCAUGACAGGCGACCAGAUGGAGGCAGCCAUGGCAGGCGACCAGAUGGAGGCAGCCAGGACAGGUGACCAGAUGGAGGCAGCCAUGACAGGCGACCAGAUGGAGGCAGCCAGGACAGGCGACCAGGUGGAGGCAGCCAGGACAGGCGACCAGAUGGAGACAGCCAUGACAGGCGACCAGAUGGAGGCAGCCAGGGCAGGCGACCAGAUGGAGGCAGCCAUGACAGGUGACCAGAUGGAGGCAGCCAGGACAGGUGACCAGAUGGAGGCAGCCAUGACAGGCGACCAGACGGAGGCAGCCAGGACAGGUGACCUGAUGGAGGCAGCCAUGACAGGCGACCAGAUGGAGGCAGCCAGGACAGGUGACCUGAUGGAGGCAGCCAGUGGAGGCGACCUGAUACAAACAGCCAGGACAGGAGAUCUGAUGAAGGCAGCCACGGCAGCCGACUUGACGGAAGCAUCCAGUGUAGGCGACCUGAUGGACACAGCCAAAGCAGGUGACCUGAUAGAGGCAGCCAGGACAGGUGACCUAGACGCCGUCAAACUGCUGUCCCAGGGAGUGUCUGUUAAUUCAAGGGAUCUGAGAGGACAGACGACACUGCAGGUAGGGGCACGGAUGGGCAACUUGGCUCUGGUGGAAGUUCUGCUCUCCCAACAUGCUGCUGUUAAUGCUGCAGAUAAAUGGGGCAAGACUGCACUGCAUGAGGCUGCCGGGUUCGGUCAUCAUGAUGUUGUCGAGGCGCUGCUCCAGGAAGAUGCUGAUGUGUCUGCCACCGAUGAUGCUGGUAAGGGAGCGCUGCACGAGGCUGCAUGGCUGGGUAAUACCCGGGUUGUUAAGACAUUGCUGGACCACCAUGCUGACGUCUCCGCUGUGGAUAAUAACGGCCAGACGCCUCUUCACUACGCUGCGGAGCUGCAGAAUGCCAGGGUAACUAAGAUGUUGCUAGCCAGACAUGCUGAUGUGCAAGCCACAGAUAAUGAAGGACUCACACCACUGCAUUACGCCGCCUGGUUUGGUAAAAAGGACGUGGUGGCCGUUUUGCUGGAACACGGAGCUGACCUCACUGCAAAGGAUAAUCUAGGACAGACACCCCUGCACUACGCUGUGGACAACCAGGAGGUAGACUUAGCCAUCACACUUCUCAAUCAUGGUGCUGAAACUAAUGCUGCUGACAACAAUGGUAACACAGUGCUACACUUGGCUGCUCGAAAAGGAACGUCAACAAUGAUCGAAAUUCUGCUGCUGUAUUGUCCAGACAUGACUCUUCGAACUACCAAGUAA